CUAAUACAAAUGUUUUAAAGAUGAACUAGAACUCAAAAAAUUCCUCUCUCACUCUGAUGAAACAAAAGAAACAUAUGAAGGUACAUACUCGGUAGAAGACAACAAAACUACUGAAGAACUUGAAAUAAUUUGGAAGAUUGAUAGUGAUUUCCAAAGAAAAUAUGCUGAUGAUCAUAGUGAAGUUAUUAUGAAAGCCCAGUGCAAUAAGUAUACUUUUAAAAUCAGCAAAGAUCAAAAUGAAUCAAACUAUCUCCAGCCCCUUCCAGAUUAUGUAAGAUAUCAAAGAACAGAAGAACUGCAUUAUUGUGAUCAUCCCACAACAAAGCGCAUAUUGGAAAUAACGGAGAACAAUGAAAUUAAACAUGAUCCUGACUUUUUUCUGCCAUCAAGGAUACUGAACCUGACACAUCUUGUUUUCAAGGAUCCUCCAAGAUAUAUCACUGAGCAAAUCUCACUCCUUGCCUGGGUUCCGCCUCAAGAUGUAGACAAAUUUAUUAAUCUGAAGAAGGAAGAAGAAAAUGCACAAAUUGAAAAAGACAGAGAAAACAUGGUGUGGAAAAGUAAUCCUCUUUUUAAACUGAAAAAGAAAGAGUUAGUUCAAAAGUGUAAACAAAUGACAAUUAACCAAGAUGGUACAAAGAUUGAUUUGAUAAAACGACUUUGGGAAAACCAAGAAGACCAUAUCUAUGAAGAACUUUACACUGGAGAGCUCGAAACUGUGCCCAGUACCAUAUCAGGUAUAACAUCAAUGUCAAUUUCUGCGAUUCGGAUUAUACUUGCUCACCAUGAAGUGAAGACUGUUGGAUCAAAGGAAGAAUUAGUUUUAAGGUUAUUUAUGUUGAAACAUCAGCCUGAUUGUUGUUUAGACGGGAAAAGAGAGGGGUUGUUAGAUCUCAUAAAAAUGUGUGAACAUUUCCUCAAGAUACAAGUACAGAUGGAACUAACAUCACUGGAUAGUGAAAGAAUGUUCCCUUCAAAUAAGCAGACAACCACAAGACAGAAAGUGAGAAACUGUCCAAUAAUCCGUCCAACUGUCCAAAUACCUGCCCAUGUCAAUGGAGCAAAUCUGGAUGAGUUAUUCAGCCCUAUUAAGGAUUACCUACAGGAAAUAAACAAACAAACUGAAAUAAAUACAUCCUCCACCUCGUUUAUGUGCAUGAAAACGCCAGGAAACACUAUUAAAGUCAAAUGGUUGAAGGAAGAAGUCAUGGGUACAGGCUGGCAGCCAGGUUGGUACAGUGCUACAGUGCUGGAUUACAACAAAGACACAGAUGAACUAACUGUUGAGUAUGAGGAAGAGAAAAACUGUACCUACAAAAUGGAAUUCACUACAAUGGUUUCCAAAGGCUUUAUUGAGCCAUCAAAACCUCUACUUUCCAUGAUAGAAACUUAUGAAAAUUUGCUUACGAUAGGGCAAACUGUAGAAAUUAAGUGGACUCAUGAAGAAUUGCAGGGAACUGAUUGGCAAGCAGGCUGGUAUGAGGCAGUAGUAGUUGGCGUUGACUUUGACGAAGAUACCAUAACAGUCCGAUACACUGAGGAAAAAGCCUGCACAUAUGUUAUUGAAGUUUCGCCAGCUGUUAACAGUUCUAUGAUUCGGCUUAAAAAAAACAACAUAAAAACAGUUCUUGGUUGUGACACUUGAUCUAUUGUGGCUUAAUAAUGAAAAAUGGAAAGCGCUUGAGUUAGACUGAAUAAACUAGCUUUUUAACUAACACAUUUUACAUUUACCCCAUGUGCAGCCCAGAGAUAUAUGCAUGCAUAGUAAGUCCCCAUCGUUCCUUGUACAGUCUAUACAAAAAUACAUAGUGAGCUCAAAUCAGUUAAAGUUUGCAUAAGUAAGUUGGUGCAUAUUGAGCUUCAGGUAGUUCAUAACAACCCUUAAACCUGGAGUUAUCCACUGUUGACCCAUUGCUGAGAUUAACUGACAUUUUUGCUAUCCGGAGUAGCCUGUUGUAAAGCACUGUGUUAAUUGCAGAAUUAUUUUACCCAUUUAUGAUUGUUUUAUUGGAAAGAAGUAUAAAGAAUACUAAGUCUUGUGAAAGCUUGAGACUAGUUAUUUCAUGUGUACUAAGGACUACUGUCAAUGACACAUAAGAACUGUUUUUAAAAUCAUCCACGUAUUGUUCUUUUUUAUGUUAUUUUUACAGAAUAUGUAUUUCUGACAAUGGUCGGUAAACUGUAUGUAUAUAAUAGCUUUAAGAAUUUAAGAAUUAUGAAGUUUCAAUCGUUAUGUUUAUGUUCAGUAUUUGAAGAGGACACUUCUUGUUUUUCGUUUCUGCAAGAAUGCCAUUUUCAGUUUCUAUUAUUUGUUAUACUGUGUAAUAGUUGUGACUGAAAAGUAUCUCCAUAUUAUGUGAAUCAUGUAAAAAAGUGUUAUUACCAUUUAAAUUAUUCAUAUUACUUACAUACUUUGGCUUAUGCAAUUAAAGAUUUUGUUAUACCCAAGAUAUGUGCUGGUAAUACAAUUUUGGAGAAGAAAUUGUGAUUGUAAAUUAUGUUUGUUUAAUAGAUUUUCUCAUUUCAUAGUUGUUUUUAUUCUAUCGCAUUGUUAGAAUAGUGACAUGAAUGUUUAAAAGUACACUGAUUGUCUGUAUCAUACAAAUGACCAUAUGAAUUGUUUCUUAAUCUGUAGAAGUUAUUUUCAUUAUUGAAGAAAUAUAAUAUAAACAACAAAACCAAACCCAAUAGUGUAAACGUAUACCAAGAUAAAGUUUGAACAUAAUCAGUGUACUUUCAUAUAAGAUGUAAAUAUAUCUCUUUUUAUAAAGUUUUCAUACAUCAAAUACUCUAAAAACAUGGUUUUCUUCUUUAUUUUGUCUUGGAUUCCAACAGUGUCUGAGAAUUUGCACUUUCAUGUUGGUUUGUUUUUUGGUUUUAAAUACAGAAUAUACUGUUAGAUAUAGCGAAAUCAUUUAAUUUCAGGGCAAGAAUUUCUUUGGCCAAAACUUACUUUCGCUGGAGAAUACAUACAUGUAUUUUGAACUUUGGACAUAAAUGAAUGUGACUUUUACUGUAAAUUUUUUUAGUACUGAAUUUGAUAAGAAAUCCAUUCAAAUUAGGCCUCCAUAUAUGUUUAAGUAUUUUCAUAGUAUGGUAUUCAACUUCUAAAUGUAAAAUUUACUGUUGUUUCAGACGUAAAAAAAUUGUUUGUUUCCGGUAUCCCAACCUACCCUAAAUUUUUGGCCCGACCCUAAAUGUUUUUGGCCUUGGAGAAUUUUUUUUACAACUUUUUAACAAAAAAUAGCAAAACUGCACUUUAUAUGCUUUAAAGAUGCUCAGUGAUGUUAAAAAUCAACUUACUGAUGCUCUAAAGGCAUAACCCCCUUGUUUGUAUUCAUUUUUGACAUAAAAAUAGUUUCUGAAAAGUCUCCCUUAAUAAAAAAAAUAAAAAAAUUCCGACCUACCUACCAUGAUUUUUUUUAGUAUGUUACCGGAAACAAAGAAUUUUUUUAAGCCUCAUUUAUUAGGCAUCAUCAAUAUUCAUUGCUUGAAACUGAAGAAAGUUGAAUAUUAAAAUAACCUUGUAAUAAAUAUAU